UGCUGACGACAAAUAUCAAGAGACUGUCACCCAUCGUACACACGUGAGUGCAGUGCUACACAUGAGUGUGGGGUUUUGCUGCCAGGUUGAUUUCACACAGUUACAACCAUGUCGUCUUUUCGAAAAGCUCUGAAGUCCAAACAACGAGACCACAAAGAGCGAUCACAGCUCGGUUUCAGAAAACACUUAGGACUUUUGGAGAAGAAGAAGGACUACAAACUCCGUGCAGAUGACUACCACCGGAAACAAAAGACACUCAUGGCUUUGCGGAAGAAGGCCAUGGAGAAAAACCCAGAUGAAUUCCACUUUAAAAUGAUACACAACCAAUUAAAGGAUGGAGUUCACAUAAUUAAACCGAAGGAUGAAGAAAUGACAGUGGAACAGAAGAAGGUGAUGAGGACCCAGGACAUCAGAUAUGUUGAAAUGAAGAGAGUUUCAGAAAUGAAGAAAAUUGAAAGGUUGAAGUCUGAGCUCCACCUUCUUGAUGUUGAUGAAGAAAAGAAAAAUAAACAUUUAUUUUUUGUGGAUUCAAAAAAAGAAGUGGAGGACUUUGACCUGGCCACUCACCUCAACACAGUGCCUGAAUUGGUGGACCGUGCAUAUAACAGACCCACAAUAGAAACCUUAGAAAACAAGAGCAUUGUGGGAGUAGUGGAGCCAGAUAGGAUAAUGAAACUAGCUAAACAGAGGAAAAAUCAGUAUGAGGAGCUUUCACAGCGUAUUGACAGAGAAAAGAAGAUGUUUGUCAUUAGUCAAAAGAUCCAGACUAGGAAAGAUCUUCAGGACAAGGUUAAGAAAGUGAAAGUUCGUAAAGAGACCAGCACUGCUCCUGCCAUCUAUAAAUUUGAGGCCAGGAGGAAAAGAUGAUGGCUAAUGUCUUCAAAUCUAUAUGCAAAAGAUGCUUUCAUUCAGCUACUCCAUGGAUCUCCAGCCAAAUUCUACAAACUUUGUUGUUAUUGCUUUGAAACUAUGUAUUUCUCUCUACUAAAACUAACUGUGUAUUUCUCUCUACUAGAACUAAUAUUUUGUGUAGAGGUGUGGAAGUAAGACUUAACUGAUGACAAAGCUGCUGGUUGUCUCAACAUUUUGUACAUAUUUAUUGCAAUUUUUAGUUAAAUGCUUUGAAAUAAAAUUUUGUCUUAA